CCACUCUGCAUCGGCCAUGCCAGUCGUCAUAGCACCGGAUUGCGUCGCCUCUGGACGCCGACUGUCUCCACCUCGACGGUCCACUCUGACGCCUACAGGCUUGGAGGCAGUCGUUUUGGACUGGUUUUGCCAUCUCUAUCCUGGCCAUUUGUUUCGCGCAUCGCCUCGGUUCACAGUCGGCUCGUCAUGCCGCCUCUGGUGAAGGCCUACGUACCGUUCGAUCCCAUCCUCUGCCCUCAGCCAACAAACAGGACAUAG